GCAUUGUGUCUGCUCGCGGUCUCGGGCAGGACGACUUGUGUUUCCGCGUGUUGUUUCGAUGGUGUGGGACGUCGGAGGGCCUAAUGUGGAGGAGGUGGACUUAUGGCUCUACGACGUGACGGAGGCCAAGCUGCAGGGCAUAGCCAGAUCCCUCCUGGACGUCGACCAUCUCUCCCCGGCGGACUCAGAGAAGCAGCCCUACUACCCGCCGAGGGGUGAACUGUGUGACGAGCGCCUUGUGGUGUCGCUGGUGUGCCGUCACGACUGUCACGACCGCCGUUACGACAGCAAGACGGCCACACCUCUGAAUGUCGUGUUCGUCGUCAACACAGGUAUCAGGGUGUGUGCGUGUCUGUGUGCGUUGGUCUGUGUGUCUGUCUGUCUGUCUGUCUGUGUGUGCAGGGGUGUGGGGAUCGUACCUCAGCGAGAAGACCAUGAAUGCCCUCAAGGGCGGUGUCAAGUGCGGCUCAGACGCAUUCAUGGCGGUGCGGAUAGAAAACAUUGCCUUCCACGUCUGGCGCUCGCACGGCCACUUCGUCGAGGCCAACGUGCUGGGGAUGGGGGCGCUGCGGAAGCUCGGGUGGUCGCCGCUGAUCGACUGGAAGGGCGAGUCCUUUGUGCUCGACAACGCUGGCCUGUACGGCAAAGGUGAGAGCGGCAAAGCAUCCAGCUCGAGCGAAUGAGGCAGUGAAGCCUGCCGCCUGUCUUUGCUGAGGAACAGUCGUGGGCGAAGGCAGGCAGGCCGCACACACACACACACACGUCUGCACUGUGUUGAGCACGAGCUGAUGUGAUAUGUGUAACUUUGUCCGACACUGUGUGUGGUGGGUGGCUGGAAAUAUGACGCACCCAUGAUGCUUGACUUGGUGAGCGAGCCGAUUGACCCGCUGUAUGUUCCGCGUUGCCUGUCUUUGCGCCGACUGGUGGGGUGGGUGACAGACGCCGGUGUACUGAUAAGGCCAAUUGUUCGGCCGAUUGACACAUCACUAUGUGCUCUUCAGUGUCUGCCAUCACCCACUCCCCCGCCCAGCCUAGCUGCCUGUCUGCCACAUUGUGACGCACACACCACAUGGACGAGCACACUUGCUGUCUGUCUGUGUUGGUGUGUGGCUGAUGUGAUGCCUUCUCGUCGCUCUGCC